CUGAAAAGUGUUGAAACACCUGUAUACUUUAGCUACUUUGUUCUAUAAUUAAAACUUUGAGAGUUGAGAACCUUAAUUAUGCAAAUGUUAACCUUUAGUCUUGGAGGAAUAUUUGUGGAUAGAGUCACUAGGAAGUGGAUAUUAUCACAACUAGACUAUGCAUACACUUAAGGUAUAUAUUACUUACCCCUUGUGGAAAACAAUCAUGGUAUUGAUUUAAAAUGUAGAAUAGAGUGGAUUUAUGUUGAGACAGCCUGGAAUAAACUGAAAAGACAGAAAGUUAAAACUUAAAAUUAUAUAGAAGUGAAAACUUUGAUAUUUUAUCAAAUUUUAUAGCAAAGAAACAUGAAUUAUUCAUAAGCAGAUGGAUAUUUUAGAAAGUGGUAGUAACACUCUAUUAAGGAUUACAGGACGUUCUUCAUAUUUGAUGAUCUGGCUAAACAGAUCUAACAUGUCAUUCAAGAAAGGAUUAGAAGGGCCAACUACAUGUAGAAUCCAGGCAGGGAUACUUGUGAGCUUAUCAGUUGAAAUAUCCAUAGAAUAUGGGACUUUUUAAGACAAUGAAAGAAAUAAGCCACUUGUCAAAGCUUGAAGCUCUGUGGAAUUUUUUGAUGAUAGGAUCAGUCAGAAACAAUAGAUUUAAUGAAAAAAUAUAUCUAAUGGUAUAAAAUCUAUGAGACCAUAUAUAAUUGAACUCUUGAAUUUGAAGGAAAGUUCUAGACUGUUAUAUUGGAAAUUAAAAAGUAAUUUAUAACAUUAAAUAAUGCAAACUGUUGACACUAGGCAUACAUGUCUAAUAUUUGGCAGAAUCGUAUAUGAUAUAUUUAAUUAAUUAGAACAGUGAUGUAAUAACAUUGUGCCAUUUGGUUGACUGAAAUUGUGUAACUUUUAAACUAUUAAAAAACAAUAGUCUCAAUGGUGACUCAAUGAUGAGAUAUUUUGUGUUUCAUAUGAAUGGAUAGAAAUAUAUGGAUUGAAUUGAGGAUAAUGGAACUAUAGAGAUUUGGAUAUAAUGCCAGUGACUAUUCCUAAUACUAAUCCAGAAUGGCGAUGAAACGACUUGAUUCUGGUUUUCUAAGUGAGCUGAAAAGUGUUAUUCAGCAUAUAAAGAACACUGAAUCAACUGGAGAAUCAAAUGUUGAUAGUGUACAAGCUACUAUAGAUGAUGAUGAUCCACAAGUGAUAGUUGAUGACCCUCAAGCGACAAGACGAAAUGAUACACAAGAACAGGAUGAAACAGAAACACUGCAUGAUGGACUUAAACGGUCAAUUAGUAAUGCUUGCAAUGUCCAAAACUUGGCAGCAAAAUUAAAUAGCCCUCAUCAAGUGUCAUUACAGCGCUCUCAAACCACUACUGGUAACCAUUCUAUGUCAAAUCACCAUCAGAGCAGGUCACAUGGAACAUCCAAUACGAGGAAAGUCAGCUUUAUUUCUUCAAAGAAGAAUCCAAGUAUUGAUUUCAAGAGUGAACUUUCUGAUGUUUUAAGAAAACGAAAGGGCGAUGAUGGAGAAAAACAAACAGACUUAUCUAAAAUUGAUGAAGCUAAGCAGGAGACUAAACGGAUAUUUAAUAUACCUGGGAAACCACCUCCUUUGUCACCAUCACAGCUAAGAGAGAUCAGAAGGCCAUCUCAAACCCCAGAGUCUGUUGUACCCUCUGAAGAAACUGUCAUAGAAAAUGAGAAAGUACUUCCAGAAGUAAUAGUUGAAGACAUUAAUGAAAGCUCAGAUUCUACUCAAGCGCAACUUGAUAUCCAAAGUGGGAUAAAUGUGGCGAAUAUAAUUAGCGGAUUCAAUGGUGUGAAUAUUGAAGAUGAUAAAGGUACAAAUCUGCAUCAACAAUUAAUUCCAUCUGCAAAUUUAGAGAAUUCUGAACUUAAUGAUGGGGUCGCUAUAGCUGCUGGAGGAUUGGCAUUAGCAACAGAAUGCACCCAUAGUUACCAUAUACCAACCCCACCACCUUUACCCCCUCAUCUAGGUAAUACCUUCCCAAAGUCGUCACAAAUAAACAAGACAAAUGAACAUGACAAAUCUAACAACCAGGAUAAAAGUAAAACAAUACAAAAUGGUGUAAACCAAGCAUCUCAAAUAAGAAAUACUGUUAAUAAAAUCAUUAAAUCACAAAGUGAAAGCCAUAAAGACAAUACCAACCAUAAAGUUUCUAAACUUAACAAGGGAAGAGUUUACAGUGGUGUCACCCAUGAUUCUCGUGAAUUUGAGAAGAUAAAUACUAAUAAAAGUCAAACAUUUUCAAUUGAUAGAACCCAAGGUCUUAUUGACAAUCCAUCAAUUAAUAUCAGAAAGAUAAUAUUUGAGAAACCUGCUGAUGAAGAUUCAAAUGAAGUUCUAACAAGAUUUGAUUGUAAUCUGAAAGAUAAUAAAGCAAAUCAGAGAAAUAAUAGAGUUUUAACACAAACUGUAGGCAGUGAAUCAGAAAAACUACAAAUUGAAAAUAAUAAGGAGCAGGAUGAACCUGAUCCUCAUGGACUUGAAAUUGCUCAAGAUGCAGAGUUUAUUGAAUCUCCCAUUGAAUCUAGUAUUCAAGUGAACAAAACCAAACAUUUAUUUGAAAAUCCUAUAAGUAUUGAUAGAAAUACUAAAGUAAAAGAAUGUAAAAGGAAUGAUUCAUUUGAAAGGAUACCACCUUUAGGACAAGAGCUGUCAAGCCUUGAUAGAAGGCAACAGGUGAAGUUCCAACAAACAACAAAUAUGGGCAAUACUCCUUUUUCUGGGAGUUAUUCUGUUAUAGAUUCACAGCCUGCCAUCACAGAGGAAUGUAGUGGUUCCUAUAGUGAGCACGUUAAUGACAACAAAGAUAUGUCACAUAACAGAAAAAGGCAUGUUGACAAAGAAUUAGAUUCAUAUAAGGGACAUUCAAAAUCUGUUGAACAUGGUCUAGAAGAUGAUAUAUCUCAACAAUACAAGCCACUAUUUCAAAAGAAAUUGAGCCUCCCACGAAUUCCAUUCAGUAAACUAGCCAUGGGUGGUGACCCCAACUCCCCAGAUGGAACCCCAGUAUUUAAACGUGGAUAUCUCAAACAAAGGGAUGCAUACGGAGCAAGAAACUCAUUCAAUACAAAGAGGAAACAAUCUGUGAAUGAUCCGGAUAAUGUUAGUUAUUCUAAUCCACACAGUAACCCAGAUGAUGACUACUGUCUCUAUGCACCAAAUGAUGUAUUCUCAGGACCAAAGCAUGUCAGUUUAACAAGUAACAGUCUUUAUGAGUCAUAUGAUGAUCAGCAACGCAGACGUGAAGCAGAGUUUAUGUCAAAUAGACUUUAUGAGAGUACCCCUGAAGUCUACAACAGACAUUAUGAGAGAGCCCCAAAACCAAAUGACUGGGUACCUAGCAAUGAUUGGAAACAGCAAAAUGGUUGCCUGGAAUCUGAGGCAUCAUCAGUUGAUAAUUAUCAUAAAAUUAGUGAACAUUCCAGAUUAAUAUCCUAUAAUAACAGAUCAAUGGCUCAUAGUAAUGAGAAGAAUGCACAUACUAAUGGAUUGAUGAUAAUGGAGGAUGAUGAUGAUUAUGUUAGUAAUGAACCAAUUUAUUCAGAAAUUGAUCCAAGUCGACGCCAACUUGAAUCUGGGACCAGUCAUUUUGAAUCCGGUAUCACAUCAGAUACAUCGAUUGAUGACUUGACUGUAUCAACAGGGAUGUCCCAUAAUGAGUUUUAUGGUUAUAAGACAUAUCCACCCCCUAAAUCUGAAACAUGGAAUCCAGAGUACAAUCACACAGGGGACAGGAUCCCACCAGAGGGGGCAGAAGUUGAGAAAUUACAUCAUUCACCUCACUCCAGUGGUUAUAACUUCCAUAACAUUAAUAAUCGUAUCACUGUUCCAUUCCCUACGUCAUUCCACAAACAUGGAAAUGAUGUUGAGGAACUUAUCAAAACAAUGGGAAUUAAUAACCGCCAUGGUAGCACAAUGCUUGAAGAGAGUGGCUUAAAUGAUAACAGUUUUAUGCCAUUUAGACAAAGCGCACGUUUCAAUAAACGUCCUGACCAGGAAGGGGAUACAGAUAGACUUACGAUUUAUCAUACUUGGAGUGCAACUAGCCGAAAGAUUAGAGGAAAGCAUGAUAAAUUAAGACUGAGACGUUUUCCUCAGGAUGAGCAUAAAAUAGACACACCAUGGUCUAAAGUGCCACCAAAAGAUAUAAGACCAAAAUCAGACCCUCAUAAAAGCCCUAAAAAAGAGAGAAAGGGAUUGUUUUUUAAGCGAAACAAAAGUAAAAGUCCAAAAGAGGUGACAAAAUCUGAGCGUAGUGUAGAUUAUGAGGAGGCUGGUCAUAUGAUCAAGAAACGCCACUUUUUGCUCAAACGAUUCAAUAAAAGUCCCAAAUUGAAUAAAAAGGGUUUAUUUAGCAACCAGAAGGAAAAGACUGAUGCAUAUGGAAGUGACUUUGAAGUAAGUGAUCAUGAAUCAAAUAAACCACUGAUGACCAAGAAGAAAAAGGGUAGAAAAAACAAAUCUUCAUACAGUCCAAUACCCGAACCUGAACCUAAAGGACGCUAUUUCAAAAAGAAUGAAUCUCGCUCUCACAUGUCCCAAGCAUCUGAAAGUGUCCAAAGUGUACACACAUACUUUCACAUUGAUUCUGAUCAUGAAACAACUGACAUUGAUGGCCAAGGUUCAUGUGAUAAAAACUCCGACUCAGAAACAGAAUUUUCAUGUAAUUUUGAUGAAUUUGAAAAAUCUGUAAUUCAGUAUGUUCGUGGUGGAAACAUGAGUUCAGCAACUAGUGACAUUAAGAGUCUUUACCGCCAACAACUUGACAGCACCAGUGUAACACCACUUUAUCUUCAGGAAAAAGGCAUUCUGAAUCAUUUGAAAUGUUGUCUAAGGUGUGGCAAUGGAAAUGCAUCAGUAUCUAGUCAGGUUGGCUGUCCUUCUUUAAAGAGAACUAUCAACAGAAUCAAAGCCAAGCAAAGUAAGACAUAUAGUUUGUAGAGAUUUGAUUGAUAAGUUUCUUUGUUGUGUCACCUUGAAUAUCACUAAUUAAUGUAUAUAAUUAAUUACAACCAUAUUAAAUUAAAAUGUGUAUUGCCACCGUGAAAAGUGGUUUAUUUCCCUCAUAUCCAACAAUAUUUAAACAUACAAAUGAAUAAUAUUGCAAUGCCUAUAUCUGGUCAUUCUAAUGUUUUAUAUUAUUUUAUUCCAAGCUGUCACAGUAGUAGGACUCUUGGGUAAGAGAAAUACAAUGCAAGAAAUGUUAAUGCAAAUUAAUUUCAGCACAAGGUAAAUAGUUUAAACAAAAGGGC